AUGAUUGCUCUUUUUUUUUUUCCUAAACGAUAUAUAAUAAUUUUAUUUUUAAUUUCUAUACUUUUUUAUGGAACAUUAUGUAAAGGUUUUAAAAAAAAGGAUAAAUUAUUUUUAAAAAAAGAAGUUUAUUUUUCUAAUGCAACAAAUCGAGUUCACAAUGAAGUUGUUAAUAUUAUGAAAAAAAAAGUAAGAAUAUUUUGUGUUAUUUUAGCUGGUUAUAAACAUAAAAAAUCAAGAAUUAUUCCUCAAUUAAAAACUUGGGUUAAAAGAUGUGAUGGUUAUAUUUAUGCAACUGGUGUGGCAGACAAAAGUAUUAAUUCAAUACGAGCAUUUAGUAAAGAUUCAUAUGAAUAUUCUUAUGCUAAAGUUAGGAAUGGAUUAAAAUAUGUAUAUAAAAAAUUUAAAGGACAAUAUGAUUUUAUAUUAAAGUCUGAUUCAGAUGCUUAUAUAAUUAUGGAAAAUCUUAGAAUGUAUCUACAUAAUCGUAAUCCGGAUGAACAUUUAUAUUCAGGAUAUCAAAUGUAUACUCAUACAUCGAAAAUUAAUCCUAAAUUUCCUUUAAAUCAAGGUGGUGUUGGUUAUGUAUUAAGUAGAAGAACUGUAAAAGAUUUAGUUGAAAAAGGAUUUAAGAAUGGGAGAAUUUGUUUAAAAAGAAAUGAUGGAUUUGAGGAUGUUGAAAUUGCAAGAUGUUUAAAAAAUAUGAAAAUUUAUCCUAAUGAUGCAAGAGAUUAUAAAAAUAGGGAAUUAUUUUUUCCAACAGAUCCUGUUUAUGUUGUUGGAGUUCAUAAAAAUAUGCCUGCACAUCCAUAUUACAGAUCAUGGAGUGUUCAUAUGUAUGAAUCAAAAGUACCAAUGAGUGACUUUCCAAUUGGUUUUCAUUGGGUUAGUAAUGGAAUGAUGGAAGCAUUAGAAUAUCUUUUAUAUAAUGUUAAUGUUGCUGGCUUACAAAAUAAAUUUUUUUCUUUAAAUGAUGAUGAUGAUGAGAUAUACAAAAACAAAAUAAAAUAUAGUUCCGAAUUUUUAAGUAUAUUUUCGGAGAAUUAUUUUAAAUAA